UUAUAUAUAUAUAUAUAUAUAUAUAUAUAGUGUUUUAAAGAUUUUAUUUUUUAGUAAUCUCUGCACCCAAUGUGGGGCUCAAACUCACAACCCUGAGGUCAAGAGUCACAUACUCCAUUGACUGAGCCAGACAGGCACCCCUCAUUUUACAUAUAUUUUGUAUUAUGUAUCCAAAAACAAAUUAUUAUGGUUAUUUUUAAUGUUUAUUUUUUAACUUUUAAACUAGAGUUGUAAAUGAAUUACAUAUUUGAGAAUAUGAUUACAAUAUUAGAGAAUCUGAUUUUGACUGUAUAUUUACCAUUAUCAGUUAGUUCUGCAAACAUUCGUGUAUUUUAUGAUGUUAAUUAGCAUAUUUUAUUUCUCCUUGAAAAACUACCUUUAGUAUUGCUUGUAAGGCAGAUGUAAUGGUGAUGAACUCCCUUAGCUUUUGUUUGAGAAAGUCUUUACUUCUCAUUCAUUUCUGAAAGACUACUUCACCAGCUAUACUAUUCUUAGUUGACAGUUUUUGUUUCCCUUUCAGUACUUUGAAUAUAUCACCUCAUUCUCUCCUGAUUGAAAAGUUGCUAUUGAGAAAUCUGUCCAUAGUCUUAUGGGAGGGGAGGUGGUCCCUUGUAUGUGAUGUGUCACUCUUUUGCUGCUUUCAAAAUUCUUUGUCUUUGACUUUUGACAAUUAUAGUGUCUCUAUGUAGCCCUUUUUGGGUUCAACCUAUUUGGGGUCUUUUGGGUGUCAUUACUCUGAUAUCCAUUUCCCUCCUCAUGUUUGGGAGGUUUUCAGCCAUUAUUGUUUUUAAAUACUUUCUGGCUCUUUUUUCCCACUCUUUUCUCCUUCUGAGAUUCUUACAAUGCACAUAUUGUUCUUUAGAUGGUGUCUAUGAGUCCCAUAUGCUUUCUUUACUCUUUUUAAUUCUGUUUGCUGUUCUGACUGGAUAAUUUCACAUGCCCUAUUUCAUAGUUCACUGAUUCUUCUGCGUGAUGGAGUCUGCUGUUGAAGUUCUCAAUUGAAUUCUUCAGGUCAGUCCUGGAUUCUUCAACUAUAGGAUUACUUUUUUGUUUUGUUUUGUUUCUAUUUCUUGUUGAACUUCUCAUUUUGUUCAUGCAUUUUUUCCUAAUUUUGUUUAGUUAUUUGUGUUUUCUUGUAUUUCACUGAACUUUUUAAGAGGAAUAAUCUGAAUUAUUUGCAGACAGUUCAUAGAUCUCCCAUUUCUUUAGGGUCAGUUAUUGGAGCUUUAGUAUUCUCCUAUGAUGAUGUCAUUGUUUACUUGAUUCUUUACAAUCCUUGAUUCUUUGUGUUGGUGUCUGCACGUUUGAGUAAGCAGUUUCCUUUUCCACACUUUAUUGGUUCUCUUCUCCAGAAAUGGUCUUUCACCAGUCAAUUCACUGUUUGGUUCUGGACAGGUCAGCAGGCAGCAUCUUUGGUCAGGUGGGGCUUGCUAUCAGGGUCUCUACUUGGGCAAGGCUGCUGCCUGAGCUCUGAGGUCAGGCUAGGUGCCUCUGGCUGAGAACAGUUGGUUCCUGCCCACGUGAAGCUAUGGGAUGGGCUCUGUGGCUGCACGAAUUCUCUGGUUAAACUUCCUACUCAGGCAGGACUGGGUGCUAUACUCAACAGCUAGGCAGGGCUACAAAUCUGCUUUCUUGCCUGACUGGAAUUGUAAAACUGGCUCCAUGGCCCUGUAGCUUGAUGGUUGGGGACCUGAAUCCAGCAGAGCUGCCCACCAAACUCCUUGUUCAGACAGUACCACCAGCUCUGCUCUGCAGAUGGAAAGAGGUGCUGGCUUGGCUCUCUACUCAGGUGCUGUUGUAAGCUUCGCUGUAGGUUGGGCUACACAGCUUCCCAGGUGUUCUGGUUAGGUUUGCUCGUUGGGCAGGGCUGGAGGCUAUAUUCAGUGCCAAGCAGGGCUUCAGAUUUGCUUCCCUGCCUGGGCAAGGGCUGUGUAAUAGCCUCCACAGCCAGUUAGACUUAGUAGUCAGGGACAUGAAUCAGGCAAAACACACUGAGCUCCCUGGCCAGAUGGGGUCACCAGCUGGGUCUGCAGAUGGGCAGAGACCCUGGUUAGGUGCUACUCUCAAGUUCUGCUAAGUUGCUCAGAUUCCUGGAUGCGCUGGUCAGGUUUCCUGGUGGGAUGGGGCAGGGGGCUGCACUCAGCAGUAAGCAGGGCUAUGAAUUAGCUUUCUUGCCAGGCAGGGUGGCAAAAACAGGCUCUAAGGCCAGCAGUGCUCAUUGUUUGGGGUCUUGAAAAAGGCAGAACUUCACACUGAGUUCCCUGGCUAGAUGGAGUCACCAUGUCAUGGUUAGCUUUUUAAGAGGCUUCCAAAUAAUUUAUAUUAACAAGAUGUGAAUGAUACAGCGUCUCUCUGGCCUCUCAAUCAUUUGAUGUUAUCAGUAUCUUUUUAUUAGCCAUUCUAAUGGAUAGGUAGUGCUAUUUUAUUGUGGUCUUAAUUUUGUAUGUCCAUGACUAAUGAUAUUGAACAUACUGACUGCUUACUUUCUGUGUUCAUUUCUGUAUUUUCUUUCGUGAAAUAUUUCUUCCUGUCUUUUGCCCAUUUUUUAAUUGAAUUGUUUUUUUUACUGAUGGAUUUUGAGAAUUCUUUAUAUAUUACAGAUUAUUAAUCUUUUAUCAGAUUUCAUUUGCAAACAUUUUCUCCCAGGCUAUAAAUUGUCUUUUUUUCCUCUUAACAGGGUCUUUCACAGAGGAAACGUUUUCAAUUUUGAUAACAUUCAAUUAGCAUUUUUCUUCUGAUUUAUGGCUUGUGCUUUUAAUAUCAUAGAUCUAAGAACUAAGAUCUAAGAACUUCCAGUGCUAUGAUGAAUAGCAAUAGUAAAAGUGGACAUAUUUGCCAUCUUCAUCAUCUUAGAGGAAAAGCAUUCAGUCUCCUGCCAUUUAGUAUAACGUUAGCUGUAGAUUUUUUAAUAGAUGUUCUUUAUCAAGUUGAGGAAGUCCUUCUCUGUUCUUUGUUUGUGGAGAGGUUUUCUCAUGAAUAAAUGUGGGACCAAUAACAAAGUCUGGUCAUAAACAAAUUAUUCUUCAACUAAGUGGUCUAUCCCUUAAGGUUAGUUAUCCUCAGUGUUCCAUUCUUGGCCCUCUUCUUUACUAAUUUUAUUUAUUUUCCUUGAUUGAUUUUUAUCCAUUUCAGUGGCUUUAGUUAUCUUGUGAAUUGAGUUCCCCUAUCCCCUUCAUAAACCUUCCAGCACCCUUUCUCGUUGAUAGCACUUAACUUUAUCAUGAUUAAAUAAAAUCUACAUAUACAAAAGUACUCAAACCAAGUUAAGAAAAUAGAAAAUUUCAGCUUCUCUGCUUGGCCAUUCUAUAUGGAGUAAACAUGACAGGCUUGAACUUGUAACAGCUUCAUCAAAAUGAAUACCUAUGCAUAAUGCAAAUAUAUAAAUUUGAUACUUGAAAGUUUCUACUAAGUGGUUUUACUUACAUUAUUUGUCACAGAAAUAAAAAAUACUGUAUACAUAUAUCAUUGGGUUCACUUGUGACCUGUGAACUGUGAGCGUCAAUAAUUGAUUUAAUCCAAGAAAUUACAUAUUAAAAAGUAUGCAAACCAUUGUUGACUUAAUUAAACAUUGUACAGGAGGGCUUAGCUACUUCUGUAGUAAAAGAAAAAAUAAUGUAAAAAAUAGGAGAGAAAACAAGCCCCAUUUGUUACAAAUGAUGUCAUUUUUAUGCAGAAAACACUGAAGAAUCAACAGCUAAAUACUUAGAUUAAGAAAUGUGCUUGAGGGGCGCCUGGGUGGCUCAGUUGGUUAAGCGACUGCCUUCAGCUCAGGUCAUGAUCCUGGAGUCUUGGGAUCAAGUCCCACAUCGGGCUCCCUGCUCAGAGGGGGGUCUGCUUCUCCCUCUGACUCUCCCCCUCUCAUGCUCUCUCUCUCUCUCUCAAAUAAAUAAAUAAAUCUUUAAAAAAAAAAAAAGAAAUGUGCUUGAGUUACUGGGAUUAAAAUUCACGUGCAUUAAUUAAAAUAAUCCUAUUUGUUGUAAGACACAUUUCAGUGGCUUAACAACAACAAUUUAUUUCUUAUCCAAAAAAGAACCCAAAAAACAAAAACCAGUGUUUGCAACUUUGUAAAUUUACCUUAUUCAUGCCAGUGAACCUUAGAUAGUAAGCUCCAUGAGAAUAAGAGCCACAUCUUAGUCAUUUACUGCUGAUAUUCCCUAGUAGAAUGAUCUUUCUAAAAUGUAAAUCCAUGGUGUAAUGCCACCCCAACUUAAAGUCCUUCUAAAUAUUCCUCAUUACCUCUAGAAUGAAAGCCAAGCCCCCUCGCAUGGUAUGCAACUUUGCAUGAACCAGCCCCCCUUUCCACUUCAGCUUUAUCUGCCCGAUCUCUGCUCCUCAACAUGUGUUUCUCCCAAGGGGCUGUGGUAACUCUUUCAUCCAUGCCUCUGCACUUACAGUUUUUCUCUCUUGGAAAUGUUUUUCUCACCUUCUUUGGUAAUCAUCUUUUAAUUUUUCUUUAACAGCUCAAGUACCAUCAGAAUGUCUUCCUCCAUCCUCUCCCCUCUCUGCGCUCUCUGCUCUGUCCUCCUCACCCCUGAGAACAAGUCUGAGCUUUGUCCUUCCACCUGCCUCCAUAACAUUCUUCAUAUCUCUACUAAGACGCUCAUUUGUUACUUCUUUUUCUCCACACCAGCCUGUAAGCCGGCAAGAGCGGGGACCCUGUGACUCCUUUAUCUUUAGAUGCCCCAUGCCUGAGCAGGUUUGAAGCCCAGGAGAUAUUCAAUAAAAGUUUACAGAAGAGGGAAGAUCGGAGAGGAGGCAAUUCAAGUGAGAACAAUGAGACAUUUACCUCAAAGAGUGGCAGUAGGGGUGAAGAAAAGUCCUAAGAACAAAGGAAAUUGGCUAUGGAUAAUUCAUAUCAUUUCAAUCAACGAAACUCAUGUAACGGACUUCCAUCUGAGAAGAAAAACAACUUCCUUGUAUCCGAAGAUCAUGGACAGAAAAUCUUAAGUGUACUGCAGAAUUUUAGAGAACAAAAUGUCUUUUAUGAUUUCCAAAUAAUCAUGAAAGAUGAAAUAAUUCCAUGUCAUCGCUGUGUCUUAGCAGCGUGCAGUGACUUUUUCAGGGCUAUGUUUGAAGUGAACAUGAGAGAGAGAGACGGUGGGAGCGUCACCAUCACUAAUCUGUCCUCCAAAGCCGUGAAGGCGUUCCUUGACUACGCCUAUACCGGGAAAACACAGAUAACAGAUGAUAAUGUGGAAAUGUUCUUCCAGUUGUCCUCGUUUCUUCAAGUCUCCUUCCUAGCCAAAGCUUGCAGUGACUUUUUAAUAAAAAGUAUUAACCUUGUCAACUGUCUGCAGUUACUAUCUAUGUCAGACAGCUACGGCUCCCCCCGCUUGUUCAAUCACGCACUGUACUUUGUACAGAACCACUUUUCCUUGCUAUUUAAGUCCAGUGAUUUCUUAGAGAUGAAUUUUGGAGUCCUGCAAAAAUGUCUGGAGUCAGAUGAGUUAAAUGUCCCCGAAGAAGAAACUGUCCUGAAAGUUGUCCUUAGUUGGACCAAACAUAACUUAGAAUCGAGACAAAAGCAUCUGCCUUAUUUGAUUAAAAAAGUACGAUUACAUCAGUUAUCUGAGGAGACCCUUCAAGACUGUCUGCUCAACGAAGAGUGUUUACUCAAAAGCACAAACUGCUUUGACAUGGUCAUGGAUGCCGUUAAGUGUGUGCAAGGUUCUGGGGGACUCUUCCCUGAUGCUCGGCCAUCCACCACUGAAAAAUACAUAUUUGUUCACAAAACUGAGGAAAAUGGAGGCGACCAAUAUACAUUUUGCUAUAAUAUCAAUAGUGACUCGUGGAAAGUGCUGCCACAGUCACAGCUGAUCGAUUUGCCAGGGUCUAGUCUGUCUAGUUACGGAGAGAAGAUAUUCCUGACAGGAGGCUGCAAAGGGCCAUGCUGCAGAACUGUCCGGCUUCAUAUCGCGGAGUCCUAUCACGACGCGACCGAUCAGACCUGGUGCUACUGUCCAGUGAAAAACGAUUUCUUCCUGGUAUCAACUAUGAAGACACCAAGAACCAUGCACACGUCAGUUCUGGCUCUCAAUAGAUUAUUUGUCAUUGGUGGGAAGACCAGAGGGUCUCAGGACAUUAAAAGUCUCUUAGAUGUUGAGUCUUACAACCCUCUUUCCAAAGAAUGGCUAUCUGUUAGCCCGUUACCCCGGGGCAUAUACUAUCCCGAAGCGAGUGCAUGCCAGAAUGUCAUCUAUGUUCUUGGAUCAGAGGUAGAGAUUACAGAUGCCUUUAACCCAUCACUCGACUGCUUCUUUAAAUACAACGCGACCACUGACCAGUGGUCGGAACUGGUAGCAGAGUUCGGGCAGUUUUUCCAUGCAACCCUGAUUAAAGCUGUCCCGGUCAACUGCACGCUGUAUAUAUGUGACCUUUCCACCUACAAGGUGUAUAGUUUUUGUCCAGAUACUUGCGUCUGGAAGGGGGAAGGCUCUUUUGAAUGUGCAGGCUUUAACGCAGGUGCAGUUGGGAUCGAAGAUAAAAUCUAUAUCUUAGGUGGUGAUUACGCACCAGAUGAAAUCACAGAUGAAGUGCAGGUCUACCACAGCAGUAGAUCUGAAUGGGAAGAAGUCUCACCGAUGCCAAGAGCCUUAACUGAAUUUUACUGCCAGGUGAUUCGGUUCAAUAAAUACAGAGACCCGUGGUUUUCUAAUCAUUUCUGAAAGGAGCACAGUCUAAAAUGAUUCCAGGUCUAGAAACCUACUGUAAAUCUGUUAACCUGUAGUUGGUAACAAGGUCUUUACCUCUUAGUAAAGUAAAAUGUACCCCCUGUUAGAGAAUCACUAUGAAUGUACAGCAUAUAGAACUUAGCAGUUGCCAGAAACUUUAAACACAAAGUACAUUUACCAGACAUUAUAUUGAAUAUAAUUUAAUCGUGGAGAAUCCAGAAUACUUAGUAUCCUCAUACGUAAGUAAAACACAUAGGUAUCGAUGUCUUGAUUUUUAGAGUAGUUUAUCCAUGAAAGACCAGUAAGAACAAAAUCAGUGUUCACAGAUUUGUACUAUCUAGACGGGAAAAAUCUGUUUAGGUAGUGGAAAUGGAUUACUUGCACACUAUGUUAGGUGAAGUGAAAAUUAAAUAACAAAGAGGUAAGAAGCCUGCCCUGUUACUACAGGAGUAAGAGGGGCUGAAUUCCUAUCCUUUCCAAUCAUGGCUUAGCUUCUUUUAAGCCCUUCCUUUUUUUUCCACCAUUUGUUGUUUUUUUUUGUUUUGUUUUGUUUUUCGUCAGGUACACUUUUCUAAAAUGCAGUGUAUUUCCCCCUGGGCUUCUAAGCUAUACACUAAACAUGGCUUGACUUUUUUUUUAUGAUUCAACUCUUCAUUAAGAGCAUAAUGUUCCAUGACAUAAUGCCAUAAUGCCAAUGGCAAUUACUGAAAUGCUUUUAAAAUUGCUGAUUCUAUUAGUUCUCAGUGUUAGUUGGCUUCAAUUUCUAGCAAUAUCAUAUCUUUCUUAUUUUGUGGCUCAGGCUCAGUAAAUUAACAUUCUUCAUUUAAUUAUUAGUUCUAAGUUACACCCAAUCUGAGUCUAUCUUAACAUGUAACCCAUUGAGUGAAGUUCCUGGAUUCUGAUAUGGUAAUCCUCAAAUACUUUUUCUGUAUCCUUGCCAGUUUCCAGGAUUACUGAGGAUGUAGGAAAUCUGACCUCUAGAUAAGUGUAUUCUUAUGUUGCAUUUCUUAAAUUUUUAAAUGUCCAAAUCUGAGUUUGGACAAAUUAAUUAAUUAAGAAAUUUCAACAUUUAAAUUAGUACCAUAUCAGUUUUCUUUGAUGAUAUAUACCAACUAUAAAGCACCGUGUUGGUUUACUACUUACAUAAGUUAUUCAUAGUGAAUUGUUUUCCAAAUUCUUUUAAAAAUGACUAGGUUUUUGGUAUUGAUCUUAUUUACAACCUGAUGUAUCUGUUUAGAUGCUUAGUCAUCUUUAACCCAAACAAAGAAAGAGUAUCAGUCAGUCAUCCUUGUUCUCAGGUAGGAUGAUUCUGUGUUGCAAGAGAGUAUGUUUCUUUCAUAAGUUUAAAAGAUAUAGCCAUAUUAGGCUGUAAAAGUGGAAAUAUACCUAAAUAAAGGUCCAUUUAUUAUACCAUAUAAGUUUAUGCAAUCGUAAGCUUCAAAUAUAUUUUUUUCAAAAUAGAACAGGACAUUAGACUACAUGAUCAUGCAAUUCCAAAAUCGGACUGUCCCUAAUCAGAUGACAGUUGCAUAAAAAGUAUUCUGUAGAAUUGUUGGCCUUCCUUCCUAAGUUGGCUCUGCCUUUUCCUGUGUGUGUGUGUGUGCGCGCAAGAAAAAAAAUUCAGUGAAGGCUUUUGUGUGCAUAUUUGUGGCUUUGGAAACAAAUUAUUUAAGAAAGACCCUAACACAGUGGGUGACCUAUCUGUGGAUUUACUGAACUGUUAAUUUAAACAUAUAUAAAUAAUUAAAGUAUGUUUAAAAUAAAUACUGUUUUAAUUA